AACUGCACGGCGAGGGGCAGAUCCGAAACGGCGGACGAAUUUCGGUUCGUAACAGACAGCUGCUGCUGAAAACUAAUGGAACUCUCAACCAACUCCUCCUCCUCCUUUCUUCCACCAUCUUCGACUCUUCUGCUGCAGCCACCGGAACGACACCGGGGACCUCAGCCUCUGAUGGAAGAAUCCGAGAAACUGACGGCACUGAAGAAGGCGUACGCGGAGAUAAUCUUGAAUACGACCAAGGAGGCAGCUGUCCGUAUAUUGGAGUCUGAAAGGAAGGCCACUAGGUUCCAGCAAGAACUCUCCUCUGUCAAGGAAGAGUCCCUCCGCAUGCUCAUGAGGAUGAAGCAAAUGCUGGAUGCUAAGGACAAUGAAGCGACAGUUGUAUGUAUGAGCCAACAAAAAAAGAUUGAAGAACUUGAGGCUCAGCUUGAGGAAGCUGAGGAUAUAGUCAAAGAGCUUAGGGAAGAGUUGAGAGAAGUUCAAGCAGAACUUGAACAGGUCAAUACUGCCCAAAGCCAAGUUGAGCAAAGGGGAGAAUUGGUAGCAGUCUCUGAUGCAUGGACCUUGUGCUCUGACGGCCCUUACAAUGGAAGCAAUGAUUGUUCCACUAACAAUUCUUGUAAGGGCGACUGCUAUUUCCAGAACCCGGAUUUUCCUUCCAUAAUUAGGAGAUGCAAAGAGCCAAAGUUGCACAGAAAUGGAUGCACCCAGAGGAUUCGAGCAUGCGAAGGUAACUCGUGCAAAGAGGUCCAAGAAGAGACAUUCAAAGGAGGGCAUGAAGGAGGCGAUCAAUUAUGUGGUACAGUAAAACCGGGCUUUUUAAAUUUAACCAAAAUGGCAGAAGACAAUUCUGUCCAUCUUGAAGUUGCCCAGUCCAUCAGGAGGAGGAAAAAACGAUCUACUAGAUAUAGUCAAGCUAAAGCCACUUCUUUUGUGAAUCUUCUGAAUCAUGCUGAAGAAACACGAAAUCCUUGCUUCAAAGAUUCUCAAGGUGAAGAUAAAACGUUUGAGCAGUUAAGCAAUGCGAGUAUUGAGCAAUCAGGUGACAAAGACAAAGACAAGGGCUUUGUUGAGUCACAGAGCAAUCAAGCAGUCAGAAUUCCUCUAAGUCAAGGCUUUGCUGACAGAACUGCUUCUUUUAUGAAUCUUCAGAAUCAUGCUGAAGAAACUCAAAAUCCCUCUUGCUCCAAAAAUCCUAUGGAUGAGGACAAAGAAUUCAUACACUCAGAAAUUGCGAAUGUCGAGCAAAUGAGUGACAAAGAUAAGGGCUUUGUGGAGUUACAGGUUGAGAGAGAUGGUAAUGAGCCUGAAGAGGCUGCAGGUCUAGCUCAUCGCACAGCGGAUUCUGAAAAACUGGAAGAUGCUUCACUAAACUCAGAGUUGAAGACUUUGGAUCACGAUGAUGUGAUUCCCAGUCAAUCACCAGAUGCUAAGUUCCUUAAGUACACAUUCCAGAGGAAGCGGAAGAGGGAGAUGUCGUGCAGUCCCGACCCUGUUAGCUGUGUCGAAGAGAAAAAUGCGAAGACUAAUGUGGUCGAGAAACUCAGUGGUUCUCUUGAGCCAAAGAGUCUUAGCUUCACAACUGAGUCAUCACGGGAUUCUCGCCGAUUAGUCCAGGUGGCACGCCAGCUAAUUUCUUUAUCCGAGAAGAAGUGGGGGCAGUAGAUUUUCUAACUGAAUGCGGGUUUUCAGGUGCAUCCGAAGGACAGAGUCAGGUCAGUGAGAUAAUCCCGGUGACGCCCAGCUGAUUCAAGAGAGAGCCUCUGGUUCUUGAUACAACCUUGUUCUUGAGCUUGCCGGAUUCGGCUUCUCGGCCUUCAUUGUUCUUUUCUUUUCUCUAGUUGAGACCAUAAGGGAAAUUUUUUAUCGAGCUUGGCUUCCCUUAUUGCCAAAUUUACUGUCUCAUUCUACCUUUACUUAGAAAUUUGGUGUAUAUGUUGCACAUGUUUACAAUUGACAUGGCCAUUCCCUCGAUAGUAACAACCCCUGCCAUUGAAAGGGACCGAGUUUGUCAUUUUAGCUCA